AUGACUUUUAUCACUUUUAAAGAUGAUGCUAAAAAUAUUGUUGAAAAGAAACCCAAACAUAAAAAAAAAUCAAAUAUUGUUAUUAAUAAAAAGGUUAUUGAUCAAGUGAAAUCUAGAUAUACAAAAACUGCU